AUGGCCAUUGAGGCCCGAGAGUAUCUGUACGUUGUCGAAUUAGCCAUCAGGAUAGACUGCUACAAAGAGCUCGGGGCUUAUCAGUUGGAUUUAGAUGAACCCAACCCUCCGCGAUACAAAAUAAUAGCUGGCUCGAUAGUCUCAUUGUUUGAGCAUGAAAUUAAAAUUGAACCAGUUCACACGUGCGCGUCCCCGAGAUAA